UUCACGCAUCGAAAGAUGGCGAGUGGCACAGGGACGACUGCGUCGCUGUGGACAGAAGUAAACCGAUGUGGUCAAAACGGCGACUUUACAAGAGCCCUUAAAGCUGUCAACAAAAUUCUAAACGAGAAUAAAGAUGACGUGACGGCCUUGCAUUGUAAAGUAGUUUGUCUCAUUCAUAAUGGGGGUUUUAAAGAAGCCUUGAAUGUCAUAAACACACACACUAAAAGCCUACCCAGUGAUGCAAUAGCAUUUGAGAAGGCGUACUGCGAGUAUCGUCUGAACAGAGUUGAAAAUGCAUUGAAAACCAUCGAGGCUGCAUCAGAGCAGUCUAACAAGCUCAAGGAGCUUUACGGACAAGUGCUGUAUCGGUUAGAGCGGUAUGGCGAGUGUCAAGAGGUGUACAACGACCUGAUCAGGAACUCUGUGGACGAGUAUGAGGAGGAGCGGACCACCAACCUCUCUGCUGUGGUGGCAGCUCAGAGCGCCUGGGAGAAAGUGGCACCGGAAGACUUGGGCUUGCCUGAGACUACAUACGAGCUGUGCUACAACAUGGCCUGCACCCUGAUUGGCCAGGGCCAGCUCACCGAAGCCAUGAACAAGCUGCGUGAAGCGGAGGAGCUGUGUCGGAGUUCGCUGGCGGAGGACUCUGACGUGACUGAGGAAGAGAUCGAGUCCGAGUUGGCCAUCAUCCACUCCCAGAUGGCCUACAUCAUGCAGCUACAGGGCAGGACGGAGGACGCCCUCCAACUCUACAACCAAGUCAUCAAGCUCAAGCCAACUGAUGUGGGGCUUUUGGCUGUGACUGCCAACAACAUCAUCACAAUUAACAAGGACCAAAAUGUGUUCGACUCUAAGAAGAAGGUGAAGCUGACGAAUGCUGAGGGCGUGGAGUACAAGCUGGCCAGGAAGCAGCUGCAGGCCAUUGAGUUCAACAAAGCUCUCCUAGCCAUGUACACCAACCAGGCAGAUCAGUGUCGGAAGCUGUCGUCCAGUCUGCAGUCCCAGAACCCAGGCCACCCCCGGCCGGUGCUGAUCCAGGUGGCCCAGCUGUGUCGAGAGAAGCAGCACUCCAAGGCCAUCGAGCUGCUACAGAAAUUUUCAGACCAGCACCCCGAGAGUGCCUCUGGCAUCAAGCUGACCAUGGCACAACUUUAUUUAACUCAAGCUCACGUUACAAAAGCCUGUGACAUUUUGAGGUCUAUAGAAGAAUUCAAGCACAAGCCAGGCAUGGUGUCUGCCCUGGUCACAAUGUACUCUCACGAAGAGGAUAUUGACAGUGCUAUCGACAUUUUCAGCCAGUCCAUUCAGUUCUACCAGUCGGAACAGCCUGGCUCAGCUGCCCACCUGGCUCUGGUUCGAGAGGCGGCCAACUUCAAGCUCAAGUACGGCCGCAAGAAGGAGGCCAUCAGCGACCUGGAGCAACUAUGGAAGCAAAACACCAAUGAUGUCCACACGUUGGCACAACUGAUCUCGGCGUACUCUCUUGUGGAUACAGACAAAGCCAAAUCCUUAAGCAAGCACCUGCCCUCCCCAGAGACCAUGUCCUUCAACGUGGAUGUGGAUGAGCUGGAGAACUCCCAUGGGGCCACCUACGUCAGGAAGAAGGCUGCCAAGGUGGUGGGGGAGAACCUGCCCAAAGAGCAGGGACAAGGGGACGUGAAAAAGAAGAGGAAGAAGAAGAAGGGUAAACUGCCCAAGAACUACGACCCCACGUCCACCCCCGACCCCGAGCGUUGGCUGCCCAUGCGCGAACGCUCGUACUACCGCGGCCGCAAGAAGGGCAAGAAGAAGGAGCAGAUCGGCAAGGGCACGCAGGGCGCCACGUCCUCCGCCUCCGCAGAGCUGGAUGCCAGUAAAACGGCCAGCAGUCCCCCCACCUCCCCCAGGCCGGGCUCCAGUACUGGGGGUGCAGCGGCGGCAGCAUCAGCCUCAGCCAGCAACGUGGUUCCCCCACGACAGCAGAAGCCGUCUGCCCCCUCCACCCGCAAGAAGCAGCCCCAGAAGAAAAAGAAGGGAGGCAAGGGAGGAUGGUAGAGAGAGGAUGACGGACAGCUGGAGGAGUGAACACCUGUAUCGGUCAAGAGGGAUCUUGGCGACUCAUCAUGACAGACUCUUUUUUUCUUUUCUUUUCUUUUAGGUUUUUCUCCCUUGACCUGAUGUUUUAUGUUUUCUUUGUUUUCAUUUUAUUUUUUUAAACCAUUCAUUCUGCGUUAUCAGUUCCAUAUACGAGAUGUUGGCACAGCAAGUGGACUGAGCCAAAGUGACAGUAUAUCAAGUUUGUCAUUCGGUAUAAAAGCCUGUAAAUCCAUUUGUCAUUUACAUUGGCAGGUAAUGUGUUUCUGUUUGUUUAACAUGCAUACUGUUUAUGCAAGGAUCUCAAUUAUUUGACUUAAGCAUUUGGUUAUCUAUCUUAAGCCUAAACUAAAUUGCAGGCGGAAAACGGACAUGUUUUUUUUUUUAUUUCUCAGCUGCCUGUAACAUUAUUGUAAGGUUAUUGUCCACCAGAAGAAAAAAAAACUUGCAAUCAGGCUGUUGCUGCAAACAUCAGAGCAUAUUUAUUUUGAAAUCCCACAAGUAGAACUCUCAUUACAUAUAAUUUCAGAGCAAUUUAUUUAGUAAAUGAACUCUCCCGUUUUGUAAAGGGAACCACACAAUGCUACAGAACGGACCAGAAUGGAGUCUUAAUAAAGUCGGUUCCUGCAUUGCACCACA